AUGGUCCUCAGCCAGAUAGCUUUGCGCCGUCCCCGAAUCUUCCCGGCGUCCCAGUUGAACUUGGGCAGGCGCUUGACAGCCCGCUCCCUGUUGAGCAGACUUGGGCUGCCGUCCGUGGUUGCUCUAGGACUCUUCUUCGUAGAAUCGAAGUCCGAGCAUGCCUCUGAACUUUUGGAACUUGACACGGCCCAAGUUUUUGGUGAAGAGGUCUGCCGGAUUAUCGUCAGUGCCAAUGAAGAAGACUUCGACCUGUCGUUCUUCAAUUAG